AUGCCUCUACCCGUAGAACCAGCAUGUUCGCAGACUCGUCUUUCGUUUCCAAACGAUCCCUUUUUCCUCAAACUUGUUGAGAAUGCAAAGACAUACCCACACAGGAUCAUUGACGAUGCUACCCUUGACAUUCAAGCAGACUACAGAAAGCUAAUGCAAGACGUUGUCACUCUUCGAGAAACGAUCCGCCAUCACCUCCCUCACAACCUCCUCGACCCCAAUGGACUGAUCCGCGAAGAUGGCGUUUACAUCGGUGUUCUGGCACCCGGGAGCUACGAGUACGUGGUAGCAAUCGUGGCAAUUGUUGCUCUUGGUGCGGCGGUCAUUCCAUUCUCCACUGGCAUCCUCCCAGAAGAGGGCUUCGACAUGAUCUCUCGAUGGAAGCCGACCUGCCUUCUCGUCGGAUCUGGGCAACUUUCCCUAGCCACCGCAAUCCAAGAAUACGACGAAGGCACAGCCCAUAUCGACUCUGUGAUCCCACACAUUCCAAUUCACUCAUCUCUUUCAAGCACUACCCAACUCUCUGUCGAUGAGCUUACAAUCAACGACUCAAUCACAUUCUCGUCCGAACGCCCCGCCCUCCUCCUUUUCACCUCGGGCACCACAGGCGCGCCUAAAGGCGUCAUCCACACCCGCCGCUUCUUCUACUCAGGCCAAGGCUUCGCGGAACGCUGUUUCUCAACAGAUGUAUUCCUUCUCCAUCGGCCUGUCGCAUGGAUUGGAUCUAUGCGCCGAAUUAUCGAGAUGCUUCGAUGCGGUGGCAAGAUUGCAAUCAUGGACCAGACGACGUCGUCUCGGUCUGAUGUUGUAUGGGAGCGGAUUCGCAAAGGCGAUAUUACCAUACUCACCACGGCGGCGAGGGAGUGGCGGCAGCUGAUGCUGUAUUAUGAGAACUCGCUGAGCAAGCUGCCGGAGGAUGAACUGAGCGAGUAUUGGCGCGGGUUGAGGGCGCUGAGGGUGGUGCAGAGCGUCGGCUGGAUGCCGCCGCCCGUAGUGAAGGCGUUCUGGGAGGGUUUGCUGGAUGGGAGGGCACUGGAGGUUGCGUAUGCUAGUACCGAGGCUGGGACGGUUGUUGCUUCGACGAGCUCGGAUGUGGUGGAUCAUGAUGCCUGCAUUGGCAAACCUUUACCGGAGAUGGAGAUCAAGUUGUCCAAUGGGACGGAGGGUGAGAUUCUGGUGAAAACUCCCACGAUGUUUGCGGGGUAUCUGAACGACGAGGACUGGACACAAAAGGCAUUCGACCAGGGUUAUUUCAGAUCAGGUGACAUGGCUUAUAUCCGCGACGAUGGAUGCUAUAUUAUCGGCGGCCGGGCGAAAACCGAUUUUGCACGGUUUUUCGGAUUAGCUAUCCCCCUCAUUGAAGUGGAAUCAGCAGUGGCCCAGCUCCCAUACGUGGACGAAGCGCACAUCCUCGCCGUUCCCGACUCUGAGGCCCAGACGCGAGUUGGGGCGCUGAUUCGAUUGAAGUCUGGUUUUGAGAAUCUGGCUCUCGAAGCUUUGAGGAAGAAUCUCAGUUCCAAUCUACCGAUGUAUAAACUCCCUACAUUGCUCUACGUUCUGCAAGAUCAUGAACAAGUUCCCAAGACAGUCUCAGGGAAGCUGUGCAUUAAAGAUGCGUUGCGGGUGUUUUUCGCUUGUUCCGCGAGCCACUGGACGACAGAGCUACCAGAGAAAGUUGAAAAGUGGGAUAUCUCAACCUUGAAAAAAGAGCGGCAGAGAGCCUGGGACUGGAGUGGUUUGCAGGUGUAA